UCAGCCUCUCUCUGUUUUUCCUCCUGCUUAUCUUCCUUAAAUCAUAAAAGUUAGUUCAGCAUUCCGCCUCCCCCCUAUAAUAUAGUAGGCUGUGAAGAAUUUUAUUUUCUUCUCAUCUGCUUAAUUUCUUUCACAGCCUCUGCACAUUCGUUUGUUCUUUUUGGCUGGCGCGCCCCUAUCUUCUACUACAGGCAGACACGACCAUUUACCUCCCCUAUUCUAACCCGCUCGCCUUCGAAACUGUCGCCCACAGACAUUAUGGCGGAAGACAAGAAGAAGACUGAUGAAUAUACCAUUGAGAUGAACAAGGUGGACCAAGGGAGUAGGACCUUUGAGGCGCCUCCUCCCUCUGCUCGGAGCCCGCCUGCGUCUGGCUCGUUUGGCAACAAUCCCAUCCUCCCUGUGCUGUCAUACUGCGGCUCAUCUAUUAUGAUGACAGUCAUGAAUAAGUAUGUGCUGUCAGGGGAUUUUAAUCUGAAUUUCUUUCUGCUCUGCGUUCAGUCUAUUGUCUGUGUGGUCACUAUCCAGGUCUGCAAAUCUUCAGGAUUGAUCACGUAUCGUGAUUUCAGCUCCGACGAGGCCAAGAAAUGGUUCCCCAUCACUCUUCUGUUGAUUGGCAUGAUCUACACCGGCUCCAAGGCGCUCCAGUUCCUCUCGAUUCCCGUAUACACCAUUUUCAAAAACCUGACCAUUAUCCUGAUUGCCUACGGCGAGGUUCUCUGGUUUGGCGGCUCCGUCACCGGUCUCACCCUCUUCUCCUUCGGUCUCAUGGUUCUGAGCUCCAUCAUCGCCGCCUGGGCCGAUAUCAAGCAUGCAGUGGAAAGCAGCACAGAUGCUACCGCCAAGGUCUCCACGCUGAACGCUGGUUACAUCUGGAUGUUGAUCAACUGUCUCUGCACCUCCUCUUACGUCCUAGGGAUGCGCAAGAGGAUAAAGUUGACCAACUUCAAGGAUUUUGAUACCAUGUUCUAUAACAACCUGUUGUCGAUUCCUGUGCUUAUUGUCUUCACUUUCUUGGUCGAAGACUGGUCUUCCACCAACAUCAACCGCAACUUUCCCGAGGCGGACCGGAGCAGCAUCUGGUUUGCCAUGAUCCUUUCUGGCCUGUCCUCCGUCUUCAUCUCCUACACCUCUGCGUGGUGUGUCCGUGUCACUUCCUCCACCACCUACUCCAUGGUUGGUGCGCUGAACAAACUGCCAAUCGCUAUCUCUGGCCUAGUCUUCUUCGAUGCCCCGGUCACUUUCCCUAGCGUCUCCGCUAUUGUCGUCGGCUUUGUUAGCGGUCUCGUCUAUGCCGUGGCUAAAAUUAAGCAGAACGCCAAGCCCAGAAUUGGCGUCCUUCCGACCGCUAACCCUGUCAGCGCGAGCAGCCAGAGCCUCAGAGAUGGACUUCGUUCUUAAAGUAGAGGAACAAGGAGUCUUCACGGAAAAAAAAGCGCCUUUUUAGUUUCCACACUUGGUGUGUGUAUCUCGGAGAUUCACAUCUCUUUGUCAAUCCGGCCAGCCUUCCACCAAGCUGCAGG